UUCCUCCUCUCAAUUUUAUUUCCUCAGCUCAGACCUUGCAGCAAGGCUACCUUGCCUGAUCAUACUUAUAGAAACCCUAAUUCCGCCUGCUGCUUUACCUGCAGUUUUGCAUAGCCUGUCCGCUGACGAUAUCGUCGAUUCUCGUUCGUCUUCAAGCUUCGUACGUUGAUGGCGGCUAUCUGCUGGUGACAGACACAGGAAGGAUUCCGAAUUCGGGAAUAUGAACGUAAGAUAUAUUCAAAGCCAUGAUAGAUUAGGGACUAGUUUAGAACAGGCGAUGCUAGAUAAUGCGAUGUUUUCCGCCACGGAUAUACAUGCCGUCAACCCGUUGCGCAUGAUUCGCGAAGCUGCUCAGUUAUGACCGACCGGCCUCCCGGAUCAGCACUUUUUCCUUUGUUAUUGAACUGUUACUGACAUCGAUCACUCAAGGCUACCAGGGGUACCUAAGUCCUCGCAGCGACGUUUACUAGAAUAAACCUCAUAAACGACCGCUAGAAUAAACACCGUCAAUCUACUUACCUCCUGACACCUCCCAUCCGUCACCAUCGCUCAAAAUGGACUCGAGAAAAACGAGCUCGCGGCUCCCGUCCCUCCGCGCUGUCGAGGAGGUGCUCCCGAUGUACGCGCCGCGAAUGCAGCUGGGGGCGGGCUCAUUCGGGCGGGUGUUUCUGAUGGAGCACCGGCAGACGGGCGGCAAGGUGGCGGUGAAGACGCUGAAGAAGGAGCGGAUCGUGGAGCUGGGCAUGCAGGACAAGGUCCGCCGGGAGAUCAGCAUUCUCCUGCGCGUGCGCCAUCCCAACGUCAUCCGCCUCUACAACGUCAUUGAGACGCCCAAGUACAUCCUGCUCCUUAUGGAAUACGCGGAGAACGGCGAGCUGUUCGACUACAUCACGCAGCGCGGUCGUUUAACAGAGGGCGAGGCGCGGCGCAUCUUCCAGCAGAUCGUGGCGGGCGUGGAGUACUGCCACCGCCGCAUGGUCGUGCACCGCGACUUAAAGCCCGAGAAUAUUCUCCUGGAUGCCUCGUGGACCGUCAAGAUCGCGGACUUUGGGCUGGGGAACCUCAUGAGCGAGGGGCACUUCCUGCGGACCAGCUGUGGCUCGCCGAAUUACGCUGCUCCCGAGGUCAUCAGCGGUCGUUUCUACUCCGGGCCCGAGGUGGACGUGUGGGGGUGCGGGGUCGUCCUCUACACUCUCCUCUGCGGGCGCCUGCCCUUUGACGAGAAGUCCCACGUGGCGCUCUACCAGAAGAUCAAGGCGGGCGCCUACUCCCGCCCCACCCACGUCACCCCGGCCGUCCAAGACCUCCUAGCGCGCCUCCUAGUCGUCGAUCCCACCAUGCGCGCCACCAUCCCCGAGAUCCGACGGCAUCCGUGGUUCCUGCCCUGGUUCCUGCCGUCCGAUCUGAUUCGUUUGCAGGAGGACACGGCCGCGGGGCGGCCGGCGGCGCCGUUACAGCUGAACGCUACAGCCAUUUCGAACCUGCAGGCUGUGAGGUUGACUGGGGAGGGGCGGGCGGUUCUGGCUGGGAAUUGGGUGCAGGAGGCCUUCGCUGCUAGGUUCGCUGGUGCUGCUGGGGGGGAUGGGGGCGCUGGUGGUGGCGGGUUGGGAGGGGAUGGGAAGAAGGGGAGGGGAGCGGGGGAAGGGGGAGGGGGAGGGGGACAUGGGGGGGCGCAAGGGCAGCAGGGGCAUGGGCAGGGGCAGCAGGGGCAGAAAGCGCUAUGGACGGAGGAUGGGCAGUUACUGCAGCGGAUAUGGGGGAGGGCGAAUUGGACCCCUGCCAUGCCCUUAUUCCAAGCCUCGGGCACCAGUACCGUCGCUGCUGCUGCUGCCCCCCUUGCUGCUGCCGCCACUGCCGCCGCCAGCGCUGCAGCCGCCGCUGCUGGCGCCAACGCCACAGCCGCUGCUGCCGCAGCCUCUGGUGCUGCUGCCGCCACAGCCGCUACCGGCGCUGCUGGAAGCACAGCAGCAGCGGCAGCCGCGUCCGCUUCAGCAGCAGCAGCCGCAGCAGCCAACUCGGCGAACGCGGCAGCGACAACAGCAGGCCACGCAGCAAAUGUGAUCGCAGCAGCAGCGGGUGCGAACCCGCCCAUGCCAGCAGCCACCACAGGAGCCACCAAGUGGUGGGACGCAGCCAUGCGGGUGUGUAUAGCCCUCCACCGGUCCGGCGCUAAGUGGAAAAGAAAACCCCCGUCAAACCCCUCGGCCUCCUCGUCUGCCUCCUCAGGGCCCUAUAUUCUCCUCUGCUACGCGCCCUACCCGCCUGUAGCCACAGCCCUUCGGUACCAGGGGUGCUUAGAGGCGGCUGUAGCGGCUGUAGCCGAGGAGGCGGAGCUGCAGAGACGGCGGCAGCAGCAGCAGUACAGGUGGCGCGCUGCUAUUAGCGAGCGCGUGGAGAAACGGCAGAGGGGCGGGGUAGCCGCCCUGCUGUCACUCUCCCCGCCCAGACCCCUCACAGGGUCGCUGUCCUCCCCUGUGCUUAUAGAGCAGGCGAUUCCGUCCGCCACCUCGUUUGAAGCACUUGCUGCGGCCCAGAAGAAGCUGGCUCAAGGGGGGGGCCCUGCUGCUGCCGCUGCUGCGGCGGUUGCUGCUGCUGUGGCCGCUGCUGCCGCGGCAGGUGCAGGGGUGGGUGGUUUUACGCGGUUGAGUGCGCUUGGUGGUGGUGGUGGCUAUGGGGUGGGUGCAGGGGUAGGGUUUGGUGAUGGGGUUGGAGGGGGUACUUCUCCCUCUACUCCGUCCUCCUGUAACGUGUCUCUGUCUUUGGCGCUAGGGAGCAGCCGGAGCAGCAGUAAUGGGAGCUCCACCGGGGGUGGUGUUGCGGUGGGGACUGGAAACGGGGGAGGUUUUGUGAACGGGCCCAAUGGAGCGACUCUAGAUCACCUGGUGCACGCGCAGCAAUUGCAACUGCAGCAGCAGCAACACCAGCUACAGCAGCAGCAACACCAGCUACAGCAACAGCAGCAGCAGCAGCAACAACAGCAACAGCAGCAGCAGCAGCAGCCGCAGAUUUUCCAGCAGCAGCAACUGUUGCAGCAGCAGCAGCAGUGGCAGCGGCACCAGCUGAUGCUGCAGCAGCAGCAGCAGCAGCAACAGCUGCAGCAGCUCCAGCAGGAGCAGAUGCGCGAGAAACUCCGCCUCUUCAGCCAAAUCCUUGAGAAAUCCGGGCCCAUGGGGGCAGCAGCAGCGUCUGCAGGUCUCCAUGACGCAACAGUAGCAGCGGGGCUGCGAGACACCAGUACCCGUGCCGCCGGCGGGGGCGAACUGAGCCUAGGUGUCAAGGGGAUGGAUGAUAGGGAGUGCUCUAGUAUGGGGGGGACGGGGGGGGACUGUGGGGAAGGGAUGCGGGAGCCUGGAGCGGGGCGAACAGGCGGAGCAGGGGAAGGGGCAGGGGGAGGGGUAGGUGCAGGCGCUGGGGCUGUUUUGACUAGUAUAGCACCGGGGAAUGGAGCAGGGAUGGGGCUAGGCCUAGGGCAAGGGCAAGGGGCAGGAGGAGCAGGGGCGACAAGUCUGACCAGCCUAGCGCUCGAGAGCAUGGGGGCGUCAGCAGCAGCGUCAGCUGCAGCGGCGGCGGCAGCGGCAGCAGCGGGGGAUGGGCUGAGGUUUGAGGUGAUGCUGCUGCAGAACGCCAAGGGGGAGAGCCUGCUGGACCUGUGCCUCCUGUCGGGGUCGUCUGCUGCGUUUGCCGACUUCUGCGCGCUAUUCUGGCACCAGGUGUCGCAGGUUUGAAGGUGCUUCUCAAGGUGACCCAAGGAACCGGACGGGCCGAGAGGUUUGAGGUCAUGCUGCUGCAGAACGCCAAGGGGGAGAGCCUGCUGGACCUGUGCCUCCUGCCGGGGUCCUCUGCUGCCUUUGCUGACUUCUGCGCUCCCUUCUGGCACCAGGUGUUGCACGUGUGACUGGCAGCUGCGUUGGAUGGUUGCUUAGGGGGGAAGGAGGGGGGGGAUGGAUAGUGCAGGAGCCUGCUGGAUUUCUCUGCGUGUUGUCGGGGUGGGCUGCUGCCUUGGGUGACAACUGCGCUCUCGUCUGGCACCAGCUGUGGCACGUGUGAGUGAGGAUAAUAGCAUCCGGUGACAGCUUUGCCUCGCUUUGAGGCGCCUCAGAGCUGUCGGUGGCUUUCGGUGGCAGCAUUCGGUAGGAUUCGCCUCUGCUGGCUGCAGCUGUCCCAUGUGUGCCACCUUUGGUGCACUGGGAAGGGGUAGAUGAUGUGGUCAUGUGGUCACCAUGUGACAGCAGUGCGUGCUGCUGCUGUGCUUAGGCCAACAGGGAGGGAAGGUGGGGGGCAAAGCCACAACUGUCCCCCCUAGUGCUCUCUGCUCUGUGCUCUCUGCUCUGGAGCGGAGUUAUGUCACACUGGUAGGUACUGUAGUCCAUGGAUGCCCUUGCUAACUGGCUGGUAGGAUGACUUUGCCAUGUGCCCUGUGCUUUACUUUAUUGGCACUCUUGUAGAGCAUGUUCACGUGCGAUUGUUAUAAAUUCUCAUAGACUUG